UUUGCGCUUGCGCGAAUGAGUAACACAUUUCCGGGUGGGAUAGCGACCGGGGUGAAGUGAUUCAUUUUGCCAGCUUACUUCUUUAGUGGAUCUCCAAAAUAUACUAAGCACUUAUUGAAUAAUUUUCUUUCGGGUUGGUUUGUUAUCUGGAACUGAUGAGAAAGGCAGGAUGCCUUACCACUGGCAGAGUCACAAUGUCAAGCAGAGUGGAGUGGAUGAUAUGGUGUUGCUGCAGAAGAUUGCAGAGGUGGCCAUAGUUGACAACUUAAAGAAGAGAUUUAUGGAUGAUUGCAUUUAUACAUACAUAGGCCCAGUGCUUAUCUCUGUCAAUCCAUUCAAGCAACUCCCUGCUCUUUAUGGAGAUAAGAUGAUAGAUCAGUAUCAAGGGGCUGCAGCCUAUGAAAACCCUCCACAUGUUUAUGCACUCUCAGAUAAUAUGUACAGAAACAUGAUGAUUGACUUGGAAAACCAAUGUGUUAUCAUCAGUGGCGAGUCGGGUGCAGGGAAAACUGUGGCGGCCAAAUACAUCAUGGCUUACAUUGCCAAGGUGUCUGGAGGCGGCCCUAAAGUAAAGCACGUAAAAGACAUCAUCCUGGAAUCUAACCCACUUUUAGAAGCAUUUGGAAAUGCUAAGACAGUGAGAAACAACAAUUCCAGCAGAUUUGGCAAAUAUGUAGAAAUACAGUUCAGUCGGGGUGGAGAACCAGAUGGAGGAAAGAUCUCACAGUUUCUAUUGGAAAAGUCUCGAGUUGUCAGUCAGAAUACGAACGAGAGGAACUUCCAUAUAUUCUAUCAGAUCUGUGCGGGAGCAGAUCCAGAACUACAAGAAUCUCUGGGAAUUACCAAUCCAGAUUAUUAUUUUUACUUGAACCAAAGUGGCACAUACCAAGUGGAUGGCACUGAUGACAAGAAAGAAUUUGAAGAUACAAUGCAUGCUAUGUCAGUGAUGGGGAUGGAUGAAGCCACACAAGUAAAUGUGUUGACCAUAGUGGCAGGCAUUUUGCAUCUUGGCAACAUCAGCUUUGUUGAGGAUGGAAACUAUGCAAAAGUGGAGAAUACUGAAUUCCUGGAUUUCCCGGCCUAUCUUCUUGGUGUGGACAAAGAAGACCUGAACACCAAGCUGAAGAGCCGUGUGAUGGACAGCAAGUGGGGAGGAAAGACAGAAACCAUCAACCUGACCCUGAACACAGACCAGGCUGCCUACACCAGAGAUGCACUGGCGAAAGCACUAUAUACAAGGCUGUUUGAUUAUUUAGUAGCGAGAACAAAUGGAGCCAUGGUGAAACAAAGAGAAGAAAUAAACAUUGGCAUCCUGGACAUUUAUGGAUUUGAAAUCUUUCAAAAGAAUGGUUUUGAACAGUUUUGCAUCAACUAUGUCAAUGAAAAACUGCAGCAGAUUUUCAUAGAGUUGACUCUCAAGGCAGAGCAGGAGGAAUACAUCCAGGAAGGCAUAAAAUGGAAUUCCAUUGACUACUUCAACAACAAGAUAGUGUGUGAUCUCAUUGAGUCAAAGAGUCCCCCUGGUAUUAUGUGUGUACUGGAUGAUGUCUGUGCUACAUUGCAUGCUGUCAGUGAGGGAGCAGAUAUGAAGCUAUUACAGAAACUUCAAGCAGCAGUAGGAACACAUCAGCAUUACCAAGGCUCCAAUAUAGGAUUUGUAAUACACCACUAUGCUGGCAAGGUUUCCUAUGAUGCAGAAGGUUUCUGUGAGCGUAACAGAGAUGUCCUCUUCCCAGAUUUGAUACAGCUGAUGCAAAGCAGUGAAAAUGAAUUCAUUGCCAGUCUUUUCCCAGAGGAUGUUAGCUCUACCACACGUGGCCGUCCUACUACUGCAGGCAGUAAAAUCAGGACUCAGGCCAACCGUCUUGUAGAUACUUUGAUGAAGUGCACCCCACAUUAUAUAAGGUGUAUCAAACCAAAUGAAACCAAGAGAGCACAUGACUGGGAAGACAGCAGGGUGAAGCAUCAAGUGGAAUACCUUGGUCUCAAGGAGAAUAUUAGAGUCAGAAGAGCAGGGUUUGCAUAUAGAAGACCAUUUGGGAAGUUCCUCAAAAGGUAUGCUAUUCUAACCCCUGAGACCUGGCCCCACUGGAGAGGAGAUGACAAGAAAGGCGUGGCUCACCUGAUGAACUCGGUCCAUAUGGACUCAGAUCAGUGGCAGCUGGGGAAAACCAAAGUCUUCAUCAAGAACCCAGAAUCGUUGUUCUUGCUGGAGGAAGUUAGGGAAAGAAAAUAUGAUGGCUAUGCUAGAACUAUCCAGAAGGCAUUCAGAAAAUACAAUGCCAGGAAAUUCUAUGUCAAACUCCGAGAACAGGCCUCAGAUCUGUUGCUUAAUAAAAAAGAGAGGAGACAGUACAGUCUCAAUCGCAACUUUGUGGGGGAUUACAUAGGGCUGGAUGACAACCCGGCCCUCAGAGCUCUGGUUGGCAAGAGAGAAAGGAUAGAGUUUGCCAAUACUGUGACCAAAUAUGAUAGGAGGUUCAAGACAGCCAAAAGAGAUUUGAUAGUCACAUCAAAAGGAGUUUACCUAGUAGGCAGAGAAAUGAUGAAGAAAGGGCCAGAGAAGGGCCAGCUGAAAGAGGUCGUCAAGCGGCCAUUGGAAAUGGAAAUGAUAACUGGAGUGGCACUGAGCACAAUGCAAGAUGACUUCUUUAUCAUCCAUGUUCAAAAUGAUUACAGCAGUUUACUAGAAUCAGUCUUUAAAACAGAGUUUCUGACUGCUUUGUCUAAAAAAUACAAGGAGAGGACACACAAAGAGUUGAAAGUAGAGUUUAGUGAUACGUUAGAAUUUCCUGUCAAAAAGGAAGGAUGGGGUGGUGGUGGAAAAAGAACUGUGAAGUUUGUGAAAGGAAAUGGCAAUGCUGCGCUGCUUAAACCCUCAGGGAAAGUUCUCACAGUAUCAAUUGGACAGGGACUUCCAAAGAACUCCAGGCCAGGCAAUGUAAACCUCCCCGUGCAGAUGACAGGAGGUAGGGCCAACUACCGUCCAGCUGGUCCAGGCCGGGCAGCUCCUCCCCCUCCCUCCAGCCAUCCCCCUAGCAGACCAGCCCCUGGACCUCCAGGUUAUCCACCACCACCAGUGCACAGCAGUAAUGGAAACUUGAGGUCUGCCAAGAGGACAUCUCGGAGAGUUUCUUCCUCUUCUGACAAGUCUCCGUCCCUGCCCAAAGAGGGAGCACAGAGGCUGGCCAGGCAGAUCAACCAGGCAGUGAGGAAUAAUGAUGAAGAAUUCAUGAAGACACCUGAGGCAGGAGUGGCUGGCAUUCAGAGAUUGAAUAGCAGAAGUAAACGCCCUGCCCCAGGAGCCGGUCGGCCCAAGCCGAAACCCAAUCCUAAACCUAAACCCUUGCUGCCCGAGUGCAGGUGUCUAUAUGCUUACGAUGCUCAGGACACAGAUGAACUAAGCUUCAAUGAAGGAGAUAUUAUAUCUCUAAUAAAAGAAGAUCCUCAGGGCUGGUGGACAGGACGCCUGCGUGGAAAGGAAGGUCUAUUUCCGUCAAAUUAUGUGGAGAAAAUAUGAAACAGGCAGAAAGACUGGGAGGUGU